CCCGGCCAGCGGGCUGCGGUCGGGGCCUUCGGGGCGGGUCGGGGUCCCGGGCGGCCCUGCGCCAUGAAGCUGACUCGGAAGAUGGUCCUGUCCCGGGCCAAGGCCUCGGAGCUGCACAGCGUCCGGAAGCUCAACUGCUGACACAGGCUCCAAACUGCUCCCUUUGCUGGAAACCGCUGAGGUCUCCCCAUCGGCCUCCUGGAUAGCUCCUUCCGGAAGGGCCUGAGUCGGACAUGGCCAGCCGUAGGGAGCCAAAUCUCCCAAGCAGGAGGAUGGAGGGGCAGCCGCCUCACAGACGUCUCCAUCUGCCGGGAGAUGCCCAGCCUGGAAGUGAUCACCCUCAGCGUCAACAGCGUCUCCUCCCUGGAGCCCGUGAGCCAGUGCCAGCAGCUGAGCGAGCUCUACCUGCGGAAGAACCGCAUCCCCAGCCUGGCGGAGCUCUUCUACCUGAAGGGCCUGCCGCGCCUGCGCGUGCUGUGGCUGGCGGAGAACCCCUGCUGCGGCACCGACCCCCACCGCUACCGCAUGACCGUCCUGCGCAACCUGCCGCACCUGCAGAAGCUGGACAACCAGAAGCAGACUGUGCCCGGCGUGGCCGUGGUGGCGAGCCGCAGUCCGGGGGGCUUCUGUGGGGGCGCGUCCACUCUGAUGCUGCAGCUCCGCCCGCUUCACUCUGAAGCCGUGACCGAGGAGGAGCUGUCCCGCGCGUUGAUGGAGGGAGAGGAGGUCACGGCCCCCGGUGGAGAGGGCACGGGGAGCGGCCAGCCCGAGAUGUCCUACGCCCUGAGCACCGCGGACGCUGCUGCUGACACCCAGCAGGACACGCUGAGCUAUGGCGAGGAGACAAGCGUCCAGGGCCAGCUCGGCCUGAAGUCCCCUUCCCGGGACCGCUUCCCUUCCUUCUCGCACAGGGAAGCCGUGAGCAGUCGCAAGAACAGGAACAACGUGCUGACCGCCAUCCUGCUGCUGCUGCGGGAGCUGGACGCCGAGGGGCUGGAGGCCGUGCACCAGACUGUGGUCAGCCGGCUCCAGGCCUUGCAGAAGCAGGAGCAGCAAGAGGACGUGGAGUGACCCUCAGCGCCACCCCGAGCUGCCAGGCCUUCCUCCCGCAACCCCGUGCCCCAGCCCCUGGGAGGUGCCGGGUCACCAAUACAGCCACGGCCUCCGCCGGACCCCGCUGAGUCCCAGCCUGUGGUCUGUGUCCCAAGAGGCUCAGGGCCGCCGGGAAGGCCACGCCCUCGGUGUGGACGGUGUGGAUGGCGCCCUGGCGGAGCAGGAGGGGCAGCGGGCCCCGUGCUGGGUGCCCUCCCGAGGGCGCAGGUGCACGCCAGCCUGCACGGGGGCCCACCUGGGCUUGGCGCUUCCCGCCGUGGCAGCGCCACCACCGUCCCUAAUAAAUGUCUUCCCAGAGUCUGACCCGGA